AAUUUCCUUUGGGAAAUUUAAAGCAUAAUUGACAGUCUUGCCUGCCAUUGGUGGAACGAUGCCUUCUGAUGACUCAUCCCUUCAUCACACCGUCCAAGGUAAAACAUUUCCUGAAAAGAAACCUCAGCAGAAGAUCACAUUCACGACUGACCACACUAUCAAUACUCAGGAAAAAAAUAACAAGGCUUGCCGUCUAUUGUCAUCAAGAGACCAUAAAAUUAAAGAAUUGAAAAAUGAAGUGGCUUUUCUGAGGAAUAAAUUGGAGACCUUUGCUAUGGAAAAUACAAUCUUGAAGCGUCUUCUCAGGACAUCUGAGGAAGAAGAGCGCAGGGAUUCUAAGAAGCUGAGAGAGGUUCAGGCGGAACUCUUAAAAACAACGGACACCUUAUUGACUUUCCAGAAACUUUCUGAAGACAAGAAACAUGGAGAGAGAGGAGAACCUUGUCCUAAAUUAACAUCACUUCCCCCAAAAUUGGAAGCCAGUGAUAAGAGAAUCCAGGAAAGAGAACGAGAACUAAGCAUAACAGAUAUUUAUGCAGAAGAGAUGCGGAAACGUCAGCCAGAGAAAGGUGAUUCCUCUUCUUCUCCAAAAGUUGUUAAAGUCAGCCAAGCAAUACGAGGAAAGAUCAGCCUAAAACCCAGGACUCUUGGGAUGCGUGAGCCUGAAGGAAGUCGAAUGACCUUCCACGAGGUAUGGAACAGCUGAACAAGCCUUUUAU